AUGCCUGUGGUUCCUGCCUCCUCCCGCUCCAAGCCCUCCAGCAAGGCUAUCAAGCCCUCCAGCAAGGCUGACAAACCAUUGAACAAGGCCACCAAACCAUCGAGCAAUGUUGUCAAGUCAUCAACCAAGGACAUCAAGCCAUCGAGCAAGACAGCGCAGGCGAAAUCAGCUCAAAGCAAGGGACCAGUCCAUGCAGUGCCAAAACCACAAGCCCAGCAGGGAGCGGCAGUACCUCUUCAACGAGUAUUGGCACCUAAGGAUACCAACAAAUCACUCGGACGAUGGUUUCCAAUGCCUCAGACAUCUGACGCUAUCGAACCUGAAGACCUGGAGGAUCAUGCACAAGAAGUAUCUGAGAAUGAAGGUCAAGACUUCGAGGAGGGUGACGAGAGUGCGAAUGAGCUAGGAUUCGGGAGUGAGGAUGAUGUUGGAGAUGAGAGCAAGAGUGAGAAUGAAGGAGAGGGUGGUAAUGAUGAUGAGGAUGGCAACAAAGUUGGACAGAAGUGCCGCAAGAAGAACCAAGUGGGCCCUAGGAAGAAGAGGUAUCGCCAUGGAUACUCCAAGAGACAGAAUUGGGUCCUCAAUAUGUGUCACACAAUUGGCAAGCUUAUUCCUCGCACCAUAUCACUAUUCACUCCAGUAGACGAUAUUAUGUGGGCAGGUGCCAAGCACUCCAAUAAGGCUAUCGUACUGAAAAUAGAUAUUAAGGACCUUCCGUACACUACUCCGAACGAGAAGUCAUUCAGUAUUCUCACUGAAAUCUUAGAGCAUGGCAUGACGAUCUGGGAGGCCCUAGGAUGCUUUCCUAAGACUGAGAUUGGAAUGACCGCAAUGAUCAAAGAGUUUCAUCUUGGCAUAAAGGAAUCUCGGGGCACCGACACCAACAAGGUUCAGUACAACAUUCUGACACUCUGCCUCGAAGACCUGGUCAACAACGCUCUCACACUUCCAAAACCAGCGCAUAAGACAGGACAAGGCUUUAACCAUAUAGAUACAGGGCACCUUCUCUGUCCCCAAAUCUAUCUCGAGAAAUUUAACAAAAGUGACCGUUUUCUUUACGACCUAGCAAAUGGAAAGGUCAAAGUUACCGCCUCUGAAUGGCCCUCUUUUCUGUAUGACCAGGCUCUGUACGACCCGGAGGAUGAGGAAAAGAGGCUGAUGAGAGGAUUCCUCCUUUUGCAUGUAUAUCUACACAUCUUUUGCAGCAACGGCGACCCAACAAAGCAAAUUGCCUAUGUGGCCUGUCAAGGCCACUAUGCCUUAUCUUCCAAGGAUGGAUGGACUGAACAAGACGGUGCAUUCGACCUUCCUGUUUUCUACAAUAGUAUCGUCGAUUUGUUUGAGAGUCACCCUGAUGAUGAGUGGGCGCUCGAGACUCUCACUUGGUGGAAUGAGCAAGUGUUUGGGGACCCUAACGGAUGUACAGACACGGACAAAUCAGAGGACAUCCACCCUCCCGAGAGCACAGUUGUGAGGAUGGCUGCUCGUCGAGAGGCUCGUGCUAAAGCCUGGGUCAAUGCUGCCACUGCUGCUGCCAUUGAAGAUGCUACCCUUGAAUACGAUGAUGAUAAUGCCAUGGAAACCAACUAG